AUGGACUCUCAAUCUUUCACGUACACUGGUAUCCCACCAGGACGAAACUUUCGGUUGCUUAAAAUUCUGCCAGGCUCGUCUGAUGAUGCCUUGGCAUGCGAGCUUUUCGUGUCUGAUCUGGACAACUCAACGCCAUACACAGCUCUCUCAUACGUCUGGGGAAAUCCAGACAAGGUUGCAGACCUUGAACUGUCAGGACAUGCUUGCAAGAUCACACGUAGUCUUUCAGAUGGGCUUCGUCGUCUUCGAAAGCUUGACGAGGCGCACAUUGCCUGGGCUGAUGCAAUCUGCAUCAAUCAGAAUGAUAACGACGAAAAAGGUCACCAGGUCGAUUUGAUGGGUGCUAUCUAUGACAAUGCGAACCAUGUGGUUGUGUGGUUAGGUCCUGAUCCUACGUCAUCUGCAUCUGAGGCAUUCCGCUGCUUGCAGACCAUCAAUUACAAAUUAUAUACCGGGACGGAUAAGGAAUACUUUUACCCCAAUGAAGGAGAAAUGCCUACAGUGUACAUGAGAACCGAAGCAAAUCCAGAGCCUCGAGAGAUGUCACGGCCGGUAGGAAGACGAUCAGUGCAUUCCUCUGUUUUGGGUGAAAAGGGGACAGAUUGUGUUGGGAAACUGUUUGAUCUUUCUUGGUUCUCUCGUGUGUGGGUGCUUCAAGAGGUCGGCCUUGCAGGUUCAGCAACCGCGAUCUGGGGAGAUGACAGUAUUGAAUUUGGCGAGAUUGCGUCCUUCAUAUGGAACGUGUACUACACUGAGGAACUAAGGCACGCAUUGGGGGCUGAUAUAUCCCAAACUCUUUCAGGUGCCCCUCUCUAUGCUGUGUGGAAUGUAUGGUCCACGUACGAAAAGACAGAGUCGUGGAUAUACCGAACGCCCUUAUUAAGGACUUGUGCAGAGCUCAUAGCUGACCAGUGCAGUAUCGACUUCGUCCUAGUUCUAGAGGCUUCACGGUAUUUUAGUGCCACAAAUCAGCUGGAUCAUGUAUAUGCCUUUUUGGGUCACCCCAAGGCUAGGAACCCUGUGACGAAAGUUCCGUGGCUACAGGCCAACUAUUCUCUGGACGUCCAGGAACAGCACAGACUGUUAGCCGCUAGCCUGUCUCAGGAUUCAUUGAACUUCCUCGUACAGACUCACCAAACUGAAGAAAGCCUCAAGCUCGGAUCUGGUUAUCCCACCUGGGUACCGAUGUGGAAUAAAAAGACACAGAACCACGCUGACGCCUUCUGGGAGGCAUGGGACGCUAGUCUGAGAAAAGAGGAGGGGAAUCCUCCCAAUGCCUCUGUUGAUGGGAACCGACUUAAAGUAUCUGGACUUAUAAUCGGGGUUGUUGAUGAAUUCACACAAACGAUGGAGUCAUCAGACUUUGAUGGAGACAAAGAUUUUGGUGGCCUGCUUGUUGACGUGUGUUGGGAUCUAGCCUCACGGAGACCUCAUCCAUAUCUACCAAAAGAGGUACUAGCGGCAUUUGCAUCGACACUAUCCUGCCACUACAAGAUCAGAGGAAACCAACCCAUGGAUGGUCGCGAGCGGGUGGUUGAGCAGUUGGCCGGCUAUUGUAUGCAUCUGAACAAUGGUUUCUAUCAAGCCCACCUGGUGCCAAAACACGGCGAUGGCUUCUGGAACCUGAGUACCGUCUUAGAGGUUGGAAAGUCAUUUACGCCUAGUUUCAAAUCUCAUGCUGUAAACAGGCGGUUCUUCAAUACGAUGGGAGGUUAUUGGGGAAUGGGUCCUUCAGCUAUGCAGUCCGGGGAUAUAUGUGCUGUACUUCUCGGUGCUGAUGUCCCUUUUGUUUUGAGACCCAAGGGGGAUUCUGGGGAGUAUCAGUUGGUAGGGCAGUGCUAUAUGUACAAGUUCAUGGAUGGCCAGGCGGUUAUGGCAUGUCGAGCUGAGCAGGCUGGAUUUGAAGAGAAAGAACUCGUUCUUGUGUAG